GAUGCUUAGACUAUCUCGCUGUGUAUCAUAAUUUCUGAGUGUGGGCAUGAAGGAAGAUUUCCUCCACUAAGGUAAUUGUGGACUUGCGGAAGAAUACGUGACGUAUUAUUAUCCUGUGCGCAAACAGCAGUGCCUCGAGCUGACAGCACGCUCCUCACACGUGCGAUGUGAAACAUGGAGCAUCCAGCGUAUCAUGGGCCGAUAAGCAAACAGAGAUGCGAGGAGCUGCUCGGCAAGAAAGGACGGGACGGAACAUACCUGAUUCGGGACAGCGAGACCAUUCAAGGAGCUCUCUGCCUCUGUGUGUACAAACAAAAAGUGGUCUAUACUUACAGGAUUCUCCAAACCCACACCCGAUACUUCACUCUACAGGCCAGCUCAGGUGUAGAGGAGAAGUUUUUCAAGACGUUGAAGGAUCUUAUUCGCCAUUACAAGCAAAAGAAUGAAGGACUUGCAACACACUUAUGCCAUUCGCUGAAAAGAAAAACGCUGCAAGAUCAGCCUUUGCAAUGUGCAGAACCACUAGUGCCUAAUGAGGAAAAUGACUAUGAAAAUGUUGAGUGCUCGGGGGACUAUGUUGUUGUUCUGCCAGACUGAUAUAGUCACAAUGUGACGUUCUGACUGGAUAACUGGAUCAGACAAUAUGAACAAUAUAGAUGUGCUAUUACAGUUUCCAAGAACUUUCUGGACAUUUUCACCUCAAAUAUAGGAAAUGCAUGUGGAAUCACAUUAUUUGAAUCACAUUUUAGCAUAGGUAUGUUUUUGUGCAUGGAAAAUGCAUAAAUUGGGGAUGUAAAUUUGAAUGCUGUAAAUGGUGUGAAUUUUAUG